AAAGAAUCUUGACGUUCAUAAAGUAAACACAUGAAGGAAAAGUGCAAACUGCCGACCAAACAACUUAUGUGACAUCGUCCAGUUUAAUGGAUCAAAUAUUCGUAGGUGGUAUUCAGGAAGACAGGGGUCUAAAGGCUAAAGUGACCAUCGAUAAAUGUACGUCUGACUCCCUCAAAAAUUGUGACAACGAACUUUGUAUGGUCGACUCGUCAAGAGUCACUUGCAAGACAGAAUGCGAAAAUGUUGUCAGCAGGACCGAAGGCGAAUUCGAAUCUACUCCAUCAUCGGAAACCACUGUACCUUCGGCUCCUGUGGCAGGAAUUGCUUUGGAUUGUGACAAAUGUGAGAAAACGUUUAGAUCCAAACUUGGUCUUCAAAAGCACCAAUUGAGACACACUGAAACCGGACCAUUCACAUGUGACUUCUGUGAAGCAAAAUUUAAGGGCAGUAACGGUCUCAAAAUUCAUAAACGGUUGCAUACCGGUGAAAAUCUGUUCACCUGUGACAUCUGCAAAAAAUCAUUCAACCAACGAUCAGUCAUCACCGUCCAUAUGCGUAUCCAUUCCGAUUAUCACCCAUUCGCCUGCGAUCAAUGCGAUAAAUCAUUUCGCACGCCUGGUAACCUGAAAUUGCACAAAGUGAGCCACACCGACGAGAAAAAGUUUACGUGCGACGAGUGUGGCGUCAAAUUAAAGACGAAAUGUUCGCUCGAAAGACAUCACAGGAUGCAUGCCGGUGAGAAAUUGUACGUCUGCGACGAGUGUGGGAAAAAAUUCAGCGACAGAAGUACACUGCGCAAUCACCAACGUUUACAUUCGGGCUCAAAGCCCUACGCAUGUGAUGCAUGUCCAAUGAAAUUCACUCAACGAACAUACUUGCAACAACACAAACGGACGCAUACCGGUGAACGUCGAUAUGAAUGUGAUGAAUGUGGAAUGAGAUUUUCGCAGAAAUCUGCCGUUAAAACUCAUAAAGUCCAACAUACCGGUGCUCGGCCCUUUCCGUGUGAUGUAUGUGAAAUGACAUUCUCGUACAAAUCGGCCGCAUUGUCUCACAGGAAGACACACACCAACGAGCGCAAUUUUGCCUGCGAUGAAUGCCCGAUGACGUUUGCAUAUAAAUCGGUUUUAAUAACGCAUAAAAUGCAACAUUCGGGCAGCAGACCGUUUAAGUGUGACGAAUGCGAAAAGGGAUUCACCCGAAAGUUCUACCUCAAGUCCCAUAAACUGACACACCGAGGGGAGAAGCCAUUCCCAUGUGAUGAAUGUAGCUCACGAUUCGGCACUAGAAAUCUGCUGAAUCAACACAAAAGAAUUCACGCAAAGAAAUCGAACGCGGCAACUGUGUCGAAAGUUGCCGAAAAAUGUAACGAGCAGCUUGUCGGGAGACAGUUUCCUUGUGACGAAUGUUACUCGAAAUUCAGCAGUAGAUCUCAACUGAAUCAGCACAAGAGAAGUCAUGAAACCUUGCCAAAAAUAACGCCUGAAAUCUCAGUUGAAACAGCCAUAAAGAACCCUGCACCUCAGCAUGAACCUAGCGUUGUGUCCAGCAAAUUAGAAUUUGUUGAGAUUUCUUGUUCCGGAAUGGACCCUUCGAAAGCGUUCGAUGGGAAACCACUAGUCGAGUUUAUUCCAUAUGAAGAGUCAUCGUGUCACGAUAGGGACGUUGAUGAGACAUUCACUCACAAUGAAAUUGCAAUAAGUGACGAGGUACAAACGAGUGUUGAAUCACGCAAAACUCCCGGUCAACCAAUCCUUCACGACAAAUUUGAAACCAAGUCUGGAGACGCCCUUGAGGCAGUUGACUGUCAUAUUGACCAAAAUCCCAAAGUUACUGCAGAUUGCGGCGACAAAAUCAUGAAAAAGCAAAAAGCACCCAGACGUUCGGACACUUGUGACAAGCAGUUCGUUUGCAAAGAAUGUCCAGAAAAAUUCGCGAAGGUGUCUCGCCUCAAAAUCCAUAGCCGAACGCACACUGGCGCCAAUCGAUUUGUCUGUGACCAGUGUGGUCGUGGUUUCGAUCGGGCUGAUAGUUUUAAGAAACAUAAGCGUUGGCACAACGGCGACAAGCGAUUCAGUUGCGAUAUUUGUGGUGCUCAAUUCUACGAGAAAAAUCACCUGUUCACCCACAUCCAAAGGCAUGUCGGUGUUAAGAAUAUCGCUUGCAAUGAGUGUGCCUCGAAAUUUGUUACGAAAUCGGAACUGAGUCAACACAAAGAACAUGCACACCGCAAGAAGCCUGUGGCUUAGAGUUAACCGUGUUAACAGUAGAAACAAUUAUGUAAAAUUGAGGAAUCAAAUAAAAAAAAUUCUUUUCCGAUAAAAACAAUUGAAUUA